AGGCAGGGAGAAAUGGAGAAAGAGAGAGAAAAAAAAGGGGACGUUUAUAGUGGAUGAAAUUAAUUUAUUCGUAGAAUCUGUAUUUUACCCCGACUUGUUUUCUUCUUCCCAUUUCUGUCUUUCCUAUUUUUAAUGUUUAUAUUUUAAAUAUCUUCAUUUCAGUUGCUCUUCAGCUACUGGGAAAAGUAUUUACCGUGACUUGCACUACGUAUUUCUCAAGGAAGAGUGCACAAAUUUUGGGACCAUCUCUCACCACAUUCUAAAAACACUCGGGUUUUAUGACGAAGAACUUCGGGCUGAUCGAGAUGAGUAUGUUCGAAUACAACAGAAGAAUUUAGAUUCCUUUCUAUGUGCUCCUUCAAUAAAGAAACUGAUGGAGAAACGUACGGCACUCCUUAUGACUUUUCAUCAAUCAUGCACAAUCCCAGCACUUACCAGUCUAAAGAUGGAGUUCUGCCAACCAUCAUAGCGCUCGACCCACUGGAGAUGCCGUAUUUGGGGAAUGCCGUUAUGCCUUCAUUUUAUGAUCUUAAGGAGCUCAAUUUGGCCUACUACUGCCCAAAUUCGGCUGCCGAUGUAGGCUGUGAUCUUGUUUGCGUAAACGAUGGGUACCUAUUCAGUCCAUAUGAUAACAAUGGAGGGAGUAAUUGUUCGUGCGGUUGCAAACCGCAGUAUACGGGUACCUAUUGCGAAUUGGCGAACCCUGACUUCGUUCCACGUUGCAUACAAAGAUUCACAAUAGACGAUGGGCUGACAGGGACCAUCUCCUCACCUAAUUACCCGUUCAACUAUGAUCCGGAUAUGAUAUGCCAAUACAUUAUUACGGGGCCAGCUGAAUCAAAUAUCAGUUUGCAAUUUACUGAUUUCAUCCUGCAACCUGGAAACCAAACUUGCACAAAUGAUUACCUGGAUAUCUUCUUGGCGGAUACAGCUUUGGCCGACACGACGAUUUGUGGCUCAGUUGCUCCAUCAGCCUUCGACAGCAACAGCAAUGAGAUAAGGAUCGUGUUUAAGUCAGAUUCCACCAUCCAGGACAAGGGAUUCUCUUUGAUGUACACCAUACACAUCGAGCCAAGCUGCAAUGUGUCAUUCAACAGUUCAGUCGGCGGGAUCCCCAACUACGUCAGUGAAUCCCUGGUCAAUACGCAUUGCACAUAUGAGAUCAAUGUGCCAGAAGGGCAACGGGUUGCCCUGACCUUGCAGUCAUUCGAUGUACAGAACGGGUACUGCUCCGUAAGCAGUAUAGAGGUAUACUUAGGAGACGGCACCUCGACCCCUAUUCAAUUUUGUGACCAAUGCGUUCCUAAGGAGGAAAUCAUCUCUGCCACCAAUAUGAUGAAAAUCAUAUUUGCGGUUCAGGGUUCCGAGGACAAAACCAGUUUCUAUGCUACCUACCGAGCUGUUGAAAAAAUCGCUAUAAACUCUUCGAACCCGGAUGUAGAAGGAUCCACUUGCAGUCACUGCCAAAGUACGACGGACCAAGACAAAGGUUAUAUUCAGUCACCGAGAUACCCUCAGGCCUACCGAAGAAGGAUGUGCUGUCAAUAUGAGAUCACUGCACCGCCAGGCUUACACGUGGAGCUUAACUUCGCACGAAUCUUUCAGAUCGAAGAAGAAGACACCAUCUCCAUCGAUAUUGGCGGCUCACAACCAAUAAGGCUCAUUCUGACCGGUCACAAUGCCCCGAUCGGUUCGUACGUCUCACACGCGGAGAAGAUGAGUAUCCGGUUCGAGUCCAACGAAAGCUGGUUUGCAGGCCGCGGGUUCCGUGCAUUCUUCCGAAGUGUGUCUCUCAGCAUCCCCAAACCUAUGUGUUUUGUUAUAGUGACAUAUCAUAAUGAGGCGAAUUAGCGUCAAAUGUAUCGUUUAUCGUUACUUGCUGGAUAAAUUAAAGCUCCAUUUUUGGUACAGGGCUUCCAUAGGAGCUACUAACGAUAAGGGUGGAAACCCCCGGCAAGAAUAGGGGACACCGGUCUUACAAGGCUACUUAAUGGGGUGUGUGUGCGAGAAGUCGUCCCGAAGUGGUGCUUUUUAGUCUCUUUUCCCUUCUCCCUUUUUCUUUCUCCCGUUCACCUUCUCCCUUUCCCCUUCUCCCGUUCACCUUCUCCCUUUCCCCUUCUCACUUCUCA